CGAGCAAAGAUGCAACUCAAUCUUGGAGCGAUAUUCCUGGUCCUGCUGGGAGUCCUUGCCACGGCUCCUUUCACACUUUGCGAGCCCCAUCGCCAGCAGGGACCCAUUUUCGAUACGAGGCCGUCGCCCUACAAUCCCAAUCCCCCGAGAGGUGGCCGUGGCUACUGACAACAGGACACAAUGCUCAAUAAAUGGGAUCGGGAAUUCAGACAACGUUAACACAUUGAGUAAUUUAAUGCAAUUAAAGGAAAACUGAACAUCAAAAGCAUGACACUGUGUGAUUUAAUUAACUCUGAGUGAGGAAAAAUACAGUGUAUUGCUAAUACAUUAAUAUAGCUUGUAUAAAGAAGUUUACUUAGCGUUUUGUCUUUAAAAAAAUCUCUACAAAUCUCUACAAAUUUACAAGUGAUAUAAACAAACAAUAAAAUAAUAAAUAACUAAUGCAGAAAUAAUAUAAAUGAUAAGGGGUUCUGAACAUGAUCAAGUUAAUAUAGAAUCUUUCUUAUCUUCAUAAUUAUUAUUAACAUUCAAAACCUCAUCCACCUCAUACAAUAAAUAUAAUAGUCCCACGUCUAUAUAUACCAA